CAUUUUCGGCUGGUUUGAUUCAUCCAUUUUGAAGAGACGGGGCGCAGGGGGCUCGUCUGUUCCAAGGGCCCAGAACCAAGGAGUGGCGGUGUUUAAGAAGCCAGCAGCUCGGGGUUCGGCGACAGCGGCCCCAUCGGCCGAAGUUCGGGGGGGGUGGGGCGCCGAGCGCGCGGGGUGGGGGGGGUCCUGGUCUUUGGCUUCUCGACUGGGUCCUGUUUCGACAGCGAACAUGUCUCGGCCUGUCAGAAAUAGGAAGGUCGUUGAUUAUUCACAAUUUCAGGAGUCUGAUGAUGCAGAUGAAGAUUAUGGAAGAGAUUCAGGUCCUCCCACUAAGAAAAUCCGGUCAUCUCCUAGAGAAGCUAAAAAUAAGAGGCGGUCUGGAAAGAACUCACAGGAAGACAGUGAGGACUCAGAAGAAAAAGAUGUGAAGACCAAGAAGGAUGAUUCUCAUUCAGCAGAGGACAGUGAAGAUGAAAAAGAUGAUCAUAAAAAUGUGCGCCAGCAGCGGCAGGCAGCAUCUAAAGCAGCUUCCAAACAGAGAGAGAUGCUGAUGGAAGAUGCAGGUAGUGAGGAAGAACAAGAGGAAGAGGACGAGGCACCAUUCCCAGAGAAUUCCGGCAGUGAUGAAGAUUUCCUAAUGGAAGAUGAUGAUGAUAGUGACUAUGGCAGUUCAAAAAAGAAAAACAAAAAGAUGGUUAAGAAGUCCAAACCUGAGCGAAAAGAAAAGAAAAUGCCCAAACCCAGGCUAAAGGCUACAGUGACGCCAAGUCCUGUGAAAGGCAAAGGGAAAGUGGGUCGCCCCACUGCUUCCAAGGCAUCAAAGGAAAAGACUCCUUCUCCCAAAGAAGAAGAUGAGGAACCCGAAAGCCCUGCAGAGAAAAAGGCAUCAGCAAGCCCCCCACCUGAGAAGUCUGGAGAUGAAGGGUCGGAGGACGAAGCCCAGUCUGGGGAGGAUUAGAAGUGCUCAUGGUUUGGGGAGAGAUUUUAUUAAAAAAACAAAAACAAAAAAAAAAAAAAAAGAAGAAGAAAAAAGAGGGGAAAAAGAGAGCCUACUUAAGAUAGAACAUGGUUUUGGCUAUGGCUUGACUUAUGGGCUUUCAGUGCUUUUUUCCAUUUGUUGAAAAUAAUUUUUCUCUCUUCCCCUCUCUCCCUCUUUUCCCUCUCUUUUGCACUUCCUCUCUUUCUCCAGAAAACCAUUGUAUAUGGAAGUGUUUUAAGUUUCUUUUUUUGUGUCUAUUGGUCCUCUCUUUGCCACCACCUGUUUCCCAAUGAAAGCCAUGUCAGAUUAAUCACUGGACUGACUGCUCCAUCUUUUUCUUUGUAAUGGAAGAUGCACCACAUAUGUGAAGCAAUAUGAUCUGAGAUGGAGACUAUGGGAACUUUGCUUUUGGCUAAAAUGAUACAGCAAGUUGAAUAGUAAUCAAAAAACAUAGACAGAUUUUAGUUAAAAAUAAUUGCUUCUUUCUCUGCCUGGACUUCUAAAAAAUCAAUUGUCAUCUAAUACAAGUUUAUAUAUCUAUAUACAUAAGUAUAAAUAUCUAAAAGAAAUCAUGACUCUAAACUUCCACUGAUGAGUCCAGUAGGAGAUAAAGGUGAAUUCUGAAUUAUUACUAAAAGUACUCAUAUUUUUUACCUUAGUGGGUAGGUAUGGAAUGGUGGGGAUACCCGGCCUUGUUUGGGGGUGUGGGUUUUCAUUUUUAUUUCGUCAUUUAUCUCAAAGAGACUUGGAGCCCGUGAUCCUGUUUUCCUGCUAGUCUUUAAUGACCUUAGAAAAUACAGGGGCUGCCAAAACUGAAAUCACUCUUGAUUUCAUACUUUAAAUUCUAAUAGGUCAUGUUUUAAAAAUAUGUAUCCUGUUUUUUGGAUAAAAUUUCCUAAGGAUAAGAGAAAGAGAAAAAAAAAAUUCUAGAACUUAAAUGGCAUGGUGGAUCUACACAGCACAGUGGGUUUCUUUUCAAGCUGACAGUGUUUAGGUUUUACACAAAAGUUCUGGCUAAUGUGAAACUCAGUCACAAAGGAUUGAGAUACUUCCUUUAUGAAAACAGAAUUGAAAUUCUUUUAUGCUAUACAUGUGCAUUCAGAUCCCAUGGGCCAUGCUGUUUUUAUUUGGGGAUAGAACAUUUUCCUCUUUACACCCAGAUCUUCCCGGGGUCUUUGUAGAAACGUGCUAUGAGAUACAUCUGUCCGCUUCCUGCUGCUGCAUAGAGCACCGCUGCACUCCCGACCCAGUGCCUGGCAACACUUCCGGGCUCUGUGCACAUACUGACAGGAGGGAGGUUUAUUAUGUGCCCCUUUCAUGUUACUGUUUUGUUCUGACCCCCACUUAUUGCUCAUGUUUCUUAGAGCGGGAGGCUGAGACUCAACUGGACUAGAUAACCCUUUGUGUUUUUUGGAGGCCCGUGUGCCGAUGGUAACAGGAUUUUCCCAUGCCUUAGGAGAGUGAGUCAGGAGAUAGGUCCAUAGGUUUGAGCUUCCACAGCCUCAUACUGUGCACUAGUAGGAGCAAAGUUCAAGGGUCCUAGUAGGUUAAUAAAUUGGAAAGUUAGAGAAAUUUAACUUUGCUUUUUUUCUUUCUGCCUUUUAAUCUAGAAUUGCUUCCUCAAUAGUCUAUUUUUGUGGUUUUCUUUUUGUCUUUUAAGUGGCAGCAGUAUGUUUUCCUCAGACAGUGUGGCUUUCCUGCAGGUAUUCCCAGGACAAAGGGUUUUAUUUUUUGUUCUUUGACAAAGCGUUAUUUAAAUAUGUUUACUCUACACUUUAAGGAAUAUUCUUAACUCUGAUUUUGUAAAAAACACCAGUGUCAGAGUAAUUUCCUUGUUGCACUGUAUGUUAACAAAGAGUGUUUAGCACAUGGCCAAAAAUACAGCGCUUGAAUAGAAGUACCAUUGGUUUAUUACCUUACAUGAUGUUUAAAUUUAUAGUCAUGAGCAUUGUAAUGAGGGCGUUAAGGAUUGUUCUGUUUGCUUCAGUUUAGGUGUCCAAUUUUAACAAAAGAAGAUUUGUGUUCAUAGAGUAAAAGACCUGUCAGUGUUCCCACCGUGCACUUCUGUUUUGUCUUACAUUCCUAGUAUCAUUUGCGCUUUUCUUAGGUAUGUUUUAUGCAGAUCGUAGAGAGGCUCUUUUUAAACCUUAGCCUUGUUUUUGUGUUGCAACAGUCUCUUUAAAACAUGAGUGCACUAACAUCUCUGUGACAUAUGCACAUUAAGGUAAUCAUGUCUUCUGGGCUGUGUGAUUUGAUUUGGUUUCUUUAGAAACUCUUAAAACUAAUUCAUUAGAUCAGAAGCUGUAUUCUCUAUUUCUGAUAGGCUGGGCAGAAGGACCUGUGUCCCUAAGUGAGAUAGGCUUUGAAAGACUUGCUUUUUCCACUUCAUUUAAGCUGCUCUAGUCUUCCCUCAAAUCCUGCAUGCAAGUAAGAGGACAGAAACUCAACUGGAAACAGUUUGAUAGGCUUGAAAACGGAGUUUGGAUGCUUUACAGCUGAAGCGGGUAGUGGCUGGCCAUUAUCACUUCCCCUUGGCCAAACCUGCUCUUCUUUCUAGUGUGCCCAUGGUGAAGUGGCAGUAGCAUUCACUGCCUUACUUUGCAAUGCUCAGGAAGUAGGACAUUGACCUUGAAGGUGCUUGUUUGUAUCUGAAGUCUAAGCUCCCCUAGGUUUACCUCUGUAACAGAUUUUGGCAGCUAUGCUGACUGACACUACAUUCUAUUUUAAUUCUUAAAGUUCUUUUGUGCUCUCCUCCAGCUAGAAAUGGGUAGUUCCUGUCUUUCUUGUUGGUAACUUGCCGAUGCUUUUAGCCGUUCUCACCUCAAGUGGAAUUGGGAGUGGACCCAAGAGUAAAUUUUAAUCUCAGUGAUGGAAGAUGUGCCCUGCUUUCUAAACCUUUCAUAGCUCCACUUCAUAUUGAUUCCAUGAAGGAAGAAUAUUGGGUGUUUCCUUGUUUCCUGAGGAGAUGAGUGGAAAUCUUGAUCCUGAAGAAUAGUACAGUAGUUGUAUUCUCUUGAAGGAGCUUUGGGUAAUGAUUUUUUUUUUUUCCACAGUAACUGAUUUGCCCCAGUUUAAUUCUGAAAUUUAGUACUGGGAACUGGUUCAGACACCAUUUUCUUACAGGUAAUAAGUCAAGAUGGAAAUUGAGAUUACAAUCUAAUAAGCUUUUUGAUAUUCAUGAAUAUGGUCAGUUAAAGUGAACUUGAUACUAAAAAACAGUUUGUAUCAGUGAGCAUUCAAAUAACAAGUGGGUUUUAAGAGUUCUGGUGGGAAUGGAAUAGUGCUUUUUAAAAAAAAAACUAGUUUUAAGAGAUGCUGUUUUGAGAGUUAGAAAGGCAAGAGCAGAAUGUAAUAACAGGAGCAAUGGGGAAGACUUUCUUUUGAUCAUGUAGCCAUGUAGCUCUUGUAGUAAGCAAAUGCCAGUUUGAACUGUUCAUUCUUUGCCUAUAUCAGCAGUAGGAACCCUGAAAAAGAAAAACUUCCCUGGGAGAUUUCGGAAAGGAAGAAACUUGGGCCGUGGUCUUUAUGGAGUUUAUACUGAGAUACUUAACAUCUCCUGCCAAAGAGUGGAAAAAACAAACUGGUUGCUCUUGAGGGUCCUGUUCUCUCUGGAUGAAGCUGAAUCUAUGUGGAAAUACAGUUGGUUUAUUGUUUGCAUAUUGGGACACCAAGCUAUCUUAUCGCUAGAUUUCAGUCUCACCUCAUUUUCCCUUUGUCUUGGAUAAACUCAUAAAUGAUUCUUUUUGAAUAUCAGAUCUGCAAUUUAUACUUCAAAGCCUAAUUCAUGAAACUCACAGUGGUGCUGACUGUAAUAACCACUAUUGGGAAAAAUCCCAAAUACCUGCCUGUUGCCAUGCCAAUGGAGUGACUGAUGGGUGACAUCUGUCAGAGCAUGCUUUAUGUGGCUGGUGGAAGGCCGCCGCUGUGCAGACACUUUGUACAUCAGGGUUGAGGGAGGGUUUUCUAGAUUAUGGGGUGGGGGUGGAACAGGGAUUUUUUUUUUUUUUUUUUUUUUUUUUUGCUCCUUUUUUGAUGGGGUGUGGGAGUAUCGUACUCAGCUUAUGCCCUAAAAUAACAUGUAUAAAAACCCCUGAAGUAUUGUGUGGGUGUGUGUAUGAGUGUGUGUUUGUAUACGUCUAGCAAAUUAAAUCUUUGUCUUCUGGAAAUUAGUGAAUUCUUUUCUUUUUUUCCUCCAGAAGUAUUUGUUACAAGAUUUGUAAAUAAGAGCUCUACUUAGUUUGUUUACCAUGAACGUGUUGCAACAAACCUUAUACACCUAAUUCCUGCAAGGCUUGAGGAGAGGCUAAGACUUGCUAGGGUAAGCAGCAGCCAAAUUCUCCGUGAUCGUUUGCCUUGAUUUGUGUUUUAGACUUUUCAUUUUGCCAGCUCAAAAACUCCUAGUUCUCCUUGAUUUUAGUCCUUAAUCUUUUAUGUUCUGAGCAGGAAGGGUAAAGGAGGAACCUGCUUAAACAUAUGAAUUAGUCCAUGGGCUGAGACUGGGCGUCCUUUUCUUUACAGCGUCGCUAGAUACAUGAUCAGACACCAGAGGGUUGGGCAUUCUUGCAAUACCUUAAUAGUGCUGAAUCUGCAGCAUGGUACUAAGGAAGUUAAAGUUUGAAUGUAACCACUUUAUUUAAAAGGUUUUUUCUUUAAUUUAAAUGAAAUAGGGUUGAAGUGAACAUGAUUUUGUUGACCAUGUUCGUGAAUUAUAGAUGCAACAUGCAUUGGUAGAAUCGUGUGAUGGUCUUUUGUGAUACUUAAUUUUUACAUAUCCCAGUCUCUGUAUGUAUCUGCAUAGACAAAAAACAAACACCUGCUUUACUUUUAUUGAAGGGUUUCCAGGACUGCGUGUCUGCUCCUGAGCUUCGUUUUAAGUAUGUGUAUCCUUUGCUUGUAUUUUGUAUUAAAAAAUAAGAAAAAGAACCCCUUAUCGUUGAGCAUGUUGGCAUUGUCCCCUUUAUUUUUCUCUUUUUGGGACAUAUGAAGCAAGUUAUUCUUUUUCUGUAUCUUUUUUUUUCUUUUGUAAACUUUUUUUCUGUUUUGUUUAAAAAUGGCUUUAUAAAAGGGCUUUUAUAACCCAAA